AUGUCGUCAGUGACGCCAUCCCCACCAAGCGUGGUAUCAGAUAACGAUGACUCGAGAAAUUCCACGUCAUCAGAAUUUUCUAACGCUACCAUUGAAAAACACAAUAUAAACAAUAUAAUUGUCACCCAAGAGAAAAGCGCAUUUAGGCCUAGCGGACUGUCUUCUCAUACGAUCCAAGAUAUUAUCACUGAAGAUGUCAAUUAUCCUAUGGGCAAUAAUACCUUCUCUGAUUGUAAAGUCGAGGUUUUAUCUCCGAUACCUAGUGCUUUCGUGCAAGACUACAAUUCCAGAGAUUCGACUGGUUUUACUAUUCACGACAUUCUUGGAUUGCAUCAACCAUUCACUCAACCUCAUAUGCCGGAUGAAACCCAAAUAAGAUACGAUUAUCAAUUGUCAAACUACGAAAAUGUCAAUAACAUCGGUCAAAAUUAUUGUUCUGGAACUGAAGAAGUAACAGCGGAAGGAUGUCUGACAAAAGAUGAUAUUUUGUUCAAUUCCACUUCUUCGCAAAUAAACAGUCAAGUUCUUUACGAUAGAGAUUACGCUGAUAAAGAACUUAUCGAAUAUGAACGAAGGGGAUUGAUUGCGGACGCAAAGGAUCACGAAAAAAUUAACUUACAAGAAUCUGGUUUCAACAAUCAGAACUCUUCUUGGACCAACCACACGUCUUUAAGUACACCUAUCGUAAGAGCCUCAACAUCCAUAUCAGGAACAGGAAUGUCAUCUACAUCACCACCGUUUCAAAAGGGCUUCACAAAACGAGCUAGAACUGCUUACACCAGUUCUCAGCUAGUCGAACUAGAGAAUGAAUUCCACCAGAAUCGGUACUUAUGCAGACCAAGACGCAUAGAGCUGGCAAAUUAUUUACAACUUUCCGAACGACAAAUAAAAAUUUGGUUCCAAAACCGAAGAAUGAAAUACAAAAAGGACAAUAAACAUAACAAGCCAUCGUCGUCUGUGGACGAUAGCAGUCCUUCGAGUUCCAAGGAGCUAUCUCCUAGUCAAGAUCACAAGUUGAGCCAUGUGCGAAGUUGCGGAGGUCAUGAUAGACACAGGCGAUUGCUGAGCGACAGUCACGCGAGCCAUCACAAAAUAUACACUUCAGCGAACGACAAUAUUACCAGACCUCCUGAUUACAGUGCAAUGAAUUCAAUGAAAUCUACAAUAAAAGGACAGCAGGGAACAAUCGAAUUGCCAUCAUAUACACCGAAUCUAUCUUAUUCGUCGUACUAUGCUGCCGGCACGAGUGGUGCAGCUUACUCACCUCUGUCUGAAGUUUAUCGGUACACUAACGAUGACUCACUACCGUCGAAUUCUACGUUACCGCCGCUAACAUCAGAUAGCUAUGUUCCAAACGGAAUAAAUUUGAAGUUAAACGAGGACAUGACAAGAUUCACUUCUAAUACUUCGUAUUACAGUUCAUUAUCUAAUAGUAUCGUGAUGCAUCAUCCACCAACAGAUUCUUAUGGAUUUAAUGCUAUCACUUCGGUUCCGACACCUACUUAUGAUGAAGGCAGUUUUACUACAAGAACCUCUACUUUACCACUAAGCCAAGAUUCAUACUUUUCAUAUUUAACGUCUGCGGAAAAUGCUAAUCAAUUAGCCUCCGCUUCCAACAACAAGUUACCGCCGUCGUAUGUUUCCUUAUAA